AUGGCGGGGGUGCGCCGUAUCACUGGGGCCAAAUUGCUUAUUACUAAGGCCAAUUUACACGCGCAAAAGAAGGACUCAGUGUGUGGCGGGUACACUAGCGUAGCGGAUCUGCCUUGCCUGCUGGAAACUAGCGAGCGCCCGGCACACGUUCCUACAUACUCGUACAUUACUGCAUCUCUAGUGUUAUUCUUUAUUAGUAGGGAUACUCUAGAGGUGACUGAUUUGCACAAUUCGGAAUACGAGACAUUCCUUGCAGGGGAUCCAUCUGGGUGUGUUCGUGUCAAGUUCCCGGCUAACAUCAGUCCCCCUGAAACCCUUGAGGGCAAUACAUACAUAGUUAUUGAUGUGGCUAUAGUUGUUAGUCGUGGUAAGCUGCAUUUAGAGGUGAUUGAAGGCACGCGGCUGCUGCCAUACAAUGGUGAUGCGCGGCUCCACGUACUCCGAGGAAAUGAUGUCUCUCGAAACGUCCUUUGCGAAGUUACGAACAAAGAACGCAUAGAACGGACACCGUUGCUGCAAUAA